AUGAAGCAAGGCGGCCUCGUCAUGUUCAAGUCCGGGGAGUGCUGGCACGGAUCGACGAAAGUGCACUACGGCGGCGAGGACGUCAGCGCGAAGACGGGCACGCGCAUCGUCGUCUCGCUGUUCUGCGACCCGCGUAUUCUGAACUGCAUACGGAACCGCGUGCUGUCGCGCGUCCCGCCGCCGCCGCAGCCGAACAAAGCGACGAAGGAGCGGAUAGCCGCGACGGGGGGGAAGCAGUGUCGGUUUCCACCGCCGCGUUAUUGA